CCAACUACUCUCUCUCUCUAUCUCCAAUAAUAAUACUAUCGGUUUAUUUCCCCUAGUCUUUUUUAUAAGAAGAAAGAAAGAACCCUGGGGAUAAUCAGAGAGGAUAAAAAAGAAGCUCAGAGCAAGUGGAGCAGAAAAAAAGAAAAAGAAACUGUCUGAUGAAGUAUAACAACAAGAAAGAGGAAAACUACACAAGAAAAAAUAUACUCAGCAUAGUGCAACAAGUGAAGAAGAAGAAGUAAGUGCCCAACUGAGGAAAGGUCGUUAUUGAAGCUGCCUUUUUAGCUUACAAGUCCCUCUCCUUCAAGAAAAAAAAAACUUUUCAUUUUUUCACAAGAAAAAAAGAACUAAAUGUGGCAGACUGUAGUCGAAGAAGUAUUAGUAUAGCAUCAGCAGAAGCACAGAAGGCAGCAGCAGCAAGAACUGUUUCACCAGUCAGUAAUUAGAGCAAUAUAUAGACCUAAGUACAGUCACAAUUUUUCUAUAGAUCUUUCGUCUGAAAUUUCAGAAUUUCAGACAAGACCCCACUUCUUUAUUUUUUUCUCUCAUUAAAGUCACAAUUUAUUCAAGAUUUGCACCUUUGCUUCUUCUUGUUCUAACUCUACUCUUGUUAAAGGACAAAAAAAAGAUUGCAACUUAUUAAAUCUGUUAAAAGUCUGCAGCUGUGGCUACUGCGAGGAGAUUGUUGCAGGCUUCAGAUUCUGGGGCUUUUGCAGAUUGGGUUGCUAAUUCUUCUAAUUCAUCUGCUGCUGCAGCUAUCGGCGACCUCUCUUUAGGUUUCAACGCUGGCACCACCAUUGGCGGUGGUGGGUCUGGACCCACCAGCGCCCCCGGUGGUGCUGGAGGUCAUAGUGGUAUGUGGUCUGCAUCGUCAUCUCGACAGAUGCAGAUCAACUAUGGCCUCCACCAACCAGAAAUGGGUAUGUUUGUUGUACAUCCCGCAUCACUUCACCACCACCAUCACCACCACCAAAAUGAAAACACAAUCAAUUUUGACCCUCAUCAUCAUCAUAAUCAUCAGUCCAUAAAUACAUCUGGCACAAACACAUCUCUUGGUGUUGGUGUAAUCCCACUCCUCACAGCCACUCCUUUAACAAACAAUAUGGUUAGCUUUGAUGAUCAAGAUUUGGUUAGCAGAAAUAGAGGAGGAAAUAAUGAUGGUAGUGGAUUUCAGUUCUUUUCAUCAAACCAAGUACAACAACAAAAUUCUACUAAUUAUACUAAAAACAGUAGUAACAUUCUUGGUGGUGGUAACAACAUUGGUAGUGGAAACAAUAUUGGUGGGUCAGUAUCAUCAACAAGUUCAACAACAACAUGUCAAGAUUGUGGAAACCAAGCAAAGAAAGAUUGUACACAUAGGAGAUGUAGAACUUGCUGUAAGAGUAGAGGUUUUGAUUGUACAACACAUUUAAAGAGUACUUGGGUACCAGCUGCAAGGAGGAGAGAGAGACAACUAAUGAGUGGUGCAACAAAUGUUAAUGUAGCUGCUGGAUCUUCAUCUCAGUCUACUUCAAGUGCCAAGAAACCUAGACUUUCUCAAACGACUACAACAGCUUCACAUACUUCUACUUCAAAUAAUAAUACUCCUCCUAGAAGUUUCGACACUAGCUCUAGUCAUCAAGAUGCAAGUUUUAAAGCCUCAUUGCCAGGACAAGUGAGGGCACCAGCUGUAUUCAAGUGUGUAAGAGUGACUUCAGUGGAUGAGGGAGAUGAUGAAUUUGCAUAUCAAGCUGUUGUGAGAAUUGGAGGCCAUGUUUUCAAAGGUUUCCUCUAUGAUCAAGGACUUGAUGAAGGCAAAGAUAAUAAUAAUAAUAAUAAUAAUUUUCCCAAUUUAUCUGACUUACAUUUAGGUGGUGGUAAUGCUAAUGAAACUUCUGUUCUUUAUGCUGCUUCUACUGGUGGCGGAGGAUUACUUGGAGGAUCAAACUAUGGUAACCAAAUAAAUUGAUUGUUAUUAUUAAUUCCUCUUUGGAAAAAGAAUUUGAUGAAAUGAGUAUUUGUAACUUAAUCAAAUUAUAAGUGACAAUGACAUAAUUUUUAUUAUUUUUCUUACAUGUAACUUCCUUGAUUUUUGUGGUUCCUUAAUUAAGCUUUUAAUUAACUGAAAAUAGAAUCUCCAUUUUGAAGGACAAGUAAUUUUCCUUUUAUGGAAAA